AAUGAGCUGCAGAGGCCGGGUUUAGCGACAACCGGGAAACAAGAGGCAACUGCUGUGUGACUACCAGGACGUGGGUAGGAUGUCUGGGCGCACGUUACGUGAACGGAAGCCCCGGGCGAUUUCCCAGAAACGCAAGGCUGAGACUGACCCUGAAACUGAGAUUGCUGUGAAAAGUGAGUCUGUAUUGGAGAAUGGAGAUGUGUGUCCAGAAAUUGAAGGAGAAGAAAAACUUGAGUCAAAUACAGAGCUGGAGACACGCUGGGAAUGGCAAGGAGACGGUGACACUUGGACAGCUUUUUCACCAAAUCUCAAUUCUCAGAUCAACUCAGCAUUCAGCUCUGACAAGGGCUCUGUGACAGUGUCUCCUGCUGCAGGUAUUUCCCUGCAAGUAGACUUGCGGAAGAUGUUUCAGAAGAACAAACAGAGUGGCUACAAAAGACCUAUCCGUCUGGCAGUAAAAGAAAAGGACCAAUUUUUUGUAUGGCAAUGGGAAUCUGAUGAGGGUUCUUGGAUUUCCUAUGAUGCAAGCAUAAGUAUCUCUCUGGAAAGUUCUCUCCAUUCCGAUGUUAAACUUGUGUCAAUAAGUCUGGGAGGCCGCCAGUAUGUUGUGGAUUUAGGAAGUAUGGUGCAACGGAACAGUCAGACCCAAUAUGACAGACCAAUAAAGCGCUGCAUAUCUACUGCAGACACUGGGACUACGACUACCCAGCAGAACAGCAGCGUCAGCAAACCCUCAAGCUCAAAGAAACCAAGGAAAAAGGAAAGCACAGAAACUGGGGGUAGUGAAGCAGAGGAAAGCAAAGAGCAGGUUAGGACCUUGCUAUUAAAGGGUAAAGCGCCAGUGGAUCCAGAAUGCAAAGCCAAACUUGGAAAGGCUCACGUGUAUUGUGAGGGAGAUGAUGUCUAUGAUGUGAUGUUAAACCAGACCAACCUGCAGUUUAAUAACAAUAAGUACUAUCUGAUCCAGCUGCUGGAAGAUGAUCAUAUGAGAAGUUUCUCUGUUUGGAUGCGAUGGGGGAGAGUUGGUAAGGUCGGACAGAACUCUCUGGUAUCCUGCGGAGGGGACCUUCUAAAAGCAAAAGAUGUAUUCGAGAAAAAGUUUUUUGAUAAAACAAAGAACGUGUGGUCCGAGAGAAGUGAUUUUGAAAAGGUUCCUGGCAAAUACGACAUGCUGCAUUUGGAUUAUAAUUCAACCACACAGGAGGAAGAGGAAAUCAAAAAGGAAGAAAAACCAUCUGACCUGCCAAAACCAGAAUCACAACUAGAUGUCUGUGUCCAGGAGCUGAUUAAACUGAUCUGUAACCUACAAAACAUGGAGGAAACCAUGCUUGAAAUGAAAUAUGACACAAAGAAAGCACCUUUGGGAAAGCUCACUGUGGAACAAAUCCGUGCUGGGUACUGCUCUCUACAGCGUAUAGAAAACUGCAUCAAAAAGCAGAAAUUGGGCAAGGACCUUAUUGAAGCAUGUAAUGAAUUUUAUACUCGGGUUCCUCAUGAUUUUGGGCUCAGGACGCCCCCACUUAUCAGAACAGCAGAUGAGCUGGCCUUAAAAAUACAACUCCUUGAGGCUUUGGGUGACAUUCAGAUUGCAGUAAAACUGGCAAGUCAGGAGCUUAACUCUAUGGAACAUCCUGUAGACAGACAGUAUCGUCAGCUUCACUGUUCCUUACAACCACUGGAAAAAACAUCUGCUGACUUCCAGCUUAUUGAGCGCUACCUGCAGAGCACUCACGCUUCCACACACAAUGAUUACACCAUGACUCUGUUGCACGUAUUCCAAAUGCAGAGGGAAGGAGAAGAGAGCAAGUUUAGAACCGAUCUAUCCAACAGGAUGUUGCUGUGGCAUGGAAGCCGUCUGUCUAACUGGGUUGGAAUUCUCAGUCAGGGGUUGCGUGUAGCUCCUCAGGAAGCUCCAGUCACAGGUUAUAUGUUUGGAAAAGGUAUAUAUUUUGCUGAUGUGUCUUCAAAAAGUGCAAAUUAUUGUUUCUCAUCACGUGAAAAGAAUGUGGGACUACUACUGCUAUCAGAGGUUGCCCUUGGUGAGUGUAAUGAGCUACUUAAUGCUGAUUAUGAUGCCCAAAUAAAACUGAAGGGAAAACAUAGUACCAAAGGGCUGGGGAGAAGCAUACCGGACCUUAAGAAUUGCAUUGUGCAUGAUGGGGCAUUGGUUCCUUUGGGUCCUCUGAUGGAGACUGGAGUAAAGAAUGAUGCUGGCUACACUCUAAAUUACAAUGAGUAUAUUGUGUACGACUCCAGUCAGGUCCGAAUGAAGUACCUACUCCAAGUACAGUUCAACUACUCCUCUCUUUGGUAAUGAAUAACUAAGACUUUGCUGCUGGACGUUAUUAUUGUGAUAAAAACUGUCAGCCGAUAUGUGCAAUAUUUUGUUGCUAACAAACUGCUGACACCUUAAAGGGACAUAAAACACUUUUUAAACAACUUUCCAGCUUACUUCUGUUAUCUAAUUUGUUUUGUUCUCUUGAUAUUCUUUGCUGAAAAUGAUACCUAUGUAAGGAGCUGCUGAUUGGUUGCUGCACAUAUAAGCCUUUUGAAAUUGGCUGACCAACGUGUUCAGCUAGCUCCCAGUAGUGCAUUUCUGCUUAUUCGGCAAAGGAUACCAAGAGAAUGAAGUAAAUCAGAAAGUUGAUUACAAUUGUUUGCUCUGUCUGAAUCAGGAAAUCAUUUUUGGGGGUUUCAAGUCCUUUUUAAAUAUGUCUGUUUCCAAGAAAAUAUAGAAAGGAUCUAAUGUUCCUGAGUUGGAUUUUUUGUUAGAACUGCAUUUCAAUAUAUUAUUUUAGCCAAAUGCUGUAAUAUUUCAGUUAUUUCAGUCAAUGAACUCUUAGCCUAGUGGAAAUUAUUCCAUUAGUUUAGAAUUAUUAUUAUUGUAUGCAAACUUUAAUAAUUGUUUUAAAAAUGUUAAUAUCCUGCUGUCUGCUCUGCUUUAUCUUACGUCUAAUUUUAUUCCAAAGGGAUUCUGAAACCAAUUAAAACACUUGUAGAGUUGACAUUUCUUGUACAGUUAAUUGAGCAUAUUGUUAUGCAUGUGUAUUAAAUUAUUUAGGAAGCCUAACAUCUCAGCCACAAAUUUGUGUACUUAAAUAAUACUCAGCUGUUGAUGUGUAAAUACAAUCAUUUGACCUGUAAAUACACUGAUCCUUUUGAGAAUUACUUUAGCCACAUAAAUAGCUUUUUGUCUUUCUAUUUCUGGUUUCUUUUCCAUUGUGUGCCAGCAAUAAAGAAGAAUGUAAAUGCAGAAUAAACAUAUAAUAUCUAACAUUGCCUUGUUUGUUCAUCAACAGAAUUGUACUAUUUUGUUUACUUGCCUAUAAUGUUUUGCUAUACUAUACUAAACUAUUGUAUACUAACUGACAUUACAGAGGUUUUGAGAUGUUACUUAAAGGAUUAUGAAAGUCACAAUGAAACGUUUAUGGUUUAGAUAUAGCAUACAGUUUAACGUUCCAAUUUACUAAUAUCACACUUUUGGUAAUGUAUGAAUACAUGUUUUUGAGCUGUUGACUACUCAGUAUGAAGCAACUAGACACAAUAUCAUUUAAUUCAUAUAGCUAUUUUAUCAAUAGUUAUUUCUUUAUGUAUUGUAUAUGGAUCUUAGAAGAUAUGCAGAUGCUUAUAUGGCAAGUGUUCAGAAUAAAAAACCUUUUAAGAAUA